AUGGAUGGACGCUCAAAUCCAAUCCAAUGCGACAAAGCGCUCCGCGUAGCCCGCUGUAGUAGAAGGAAGUGUGCGUCGUGGAGCAUCGAAUCAACUAAUGGGACGUCAACCCCGUCUGGUCUUCUACUUCAACGCGACGCCACGAAGAUAAGGAUGAAUAGUCGUGUUGAUAUUCUCUUUUUGGAACUCGACCAUGUCGAUGGUUUUGACCCGUUAAAAAUCCAGAAUGAUCACCCUACAAUGGCCAUUAGGCUUCCCCAACUGACCUAUGAUGAGUUUAAAUACUCUCUUCAACUCAUUCAUAAGGCGACACUAAUAGGUUUCAAGGCUGGAGCUGCCAUGAUUGUUACCCUUCAACAGCUUUUAAGGUUUGAGGCAGAGGCAGAGACCCCCUUUCCAAUAACAGGGCCAAGCCGGUCAAUGUAUAGGGCCACUAAGGGAGUCUUAACUCAAAUUCUUAAACUAAAGAUGCUACUUAUGACCUUAUCUUCUACUGUAGGGGUGAGCGCUGGAAAUGAAACCGUGGUUGGAAUGGAGCACACGAUUCAUCGUGACCUUAGAGAAAAAUUAAAGAAAAAGUUUAUAUUCUCAAAUGGUGUGACGAAUUCAGAUAAGUUAAACUUAAUUGAUGCUAUCCAACGGUUAGGAAUAGGAUACCAAUUUGAAAACGAGAUCAAAGAUGUAAUUCAAUACUUGGAUUUGAUUUCAUGUCGUGAUUAUGUAGACAGUGAUCUCCAUACAUGUUCUCUACGUUUUCGGUUACUUAGAGAACAUGGAUAUAAAAUUUCAGAGGAUAUAUUCAAGAAAUUCAUUAAUCACAAAGGUGAAUUCAAUACCACCAUAACAAGUGAUAUAAAGGGGAUGUUAAGCUUGUAUGAGGCGACACAUUUCAGACUACGAGGUGAAGACUUGUUGGAGAAAGCCCUAAUCUUUACCACAAGUCAAUUUGAGGCUAUGUUGCAUAAUGAUCUCAUAACCAAAUCAUGUCUUGUUGAACAAGUAAAACAUGCUCUCAACCAGUCAUUCCAUAAGGGAUUGAUAAGGAUAGAGGCGAGGAAAUACAUUUCCUUAUACGAAAAUGAUGAAAUGCAUGAUAAGACACUGUUAAAGUUUGCAAAACUCGAUUUCAACAUCUUGCAGAAAUUGCACCAAAGAGAGCUUGGUGAACUCACUAGAUGGUGGAAAGAUUUAGACUUAACAAAUAAAUUCCCCUUCGCAAGGGACAGAUUGGUGGAAUGUUACUUAUGGAGUAUCGGAAUUUAUUUUGAGCCUCAAUAUGCAUAUGGAAGGACAAUAAUAACUAUGGUAAUUACCCUUUUAUCUGUUAUGGAUGAUAUAUAUGAUGCUUAUGGUACUUGGGAAGAACUCGUGCUCUUCACCAACACAAUGAAUAGUUGGGAGAGAAAUGAAUUCGAUGGAUUGUCAAAUUACUUAUAUCAAUUACCGGAAUACAUGAAAUAUUUUUACCAAAUACUUGAUGAUUUUUAUAAAUGGUUGGAGAAGGAGAGUGUCCAUCGAGGUAUCUUGCAUGGCGUCAAACAUAUCAAACACUCGAUAAAGGUUUUGGCCAACGGCUAUAUGGACGAAGCAACAUGGCUUCACAAAAGUUAUAUUCCCACCCUAGAGGAAUAUAUGAAUGUGGCAAAGAUAACUUCUGCUGUCAAAGUUAUGUCCAUCGCUUUCUUGUUAGGAAUGCACUCUAAUUUAGCUACCAAAGAAGGUUUUGAAUGGAUGCUUAGUGACCCACUCAUCAUCCAAGCUACAAGUGUCAUUGUUAGACUAGUUGAUGAUGUUGCUGGUUUCAAGUUUGAACAACAAAGAGAGCAUGUUGCAUCUGCAGUAGAGUGCUAUAUGAACCAACACGACGUGUUGGAGGAGCUGGCGACAAUUAAUCUGCGGAAACAAAUAACUGAUGCUUGGAAAGAUAUCAACUUUGAGUGUAUUCGUCCAACAAAGGUCCCAAUGAAUAUACUUAGUCGGGUGAUGAAUAUGGCUCGUUACAUGGACAUGAUGUAUAAGGAAGAAGAUGGAUACACAAAUUCUAAAACCAAAGCUAAAGAUUACAUCACUUCUAUUCUUGUUAGCGAGGUUGAUGUGUAAUUUAUUUUGCACACAUAU